AUGAAUCAAUUUGUAAAUGCAGACAUUUUCUCAAUUUAUGUGGAAAACAUGGUCAUAUUUAUUUUUGAUAAUGCCUUAAAUGAUUAUCAUCCAUUUUGGGCAUAUUAUCUCAUUUCAAGAUAUAAGUUAUAAAAUAAAAACAUAGGUCAUCUAUAUAGAUUAAUAUAUUAAUUCGAUAAAAAUUUAGAAUAGAAACUUUCCAGGGAUGAAGAUACUUUGCCGUAUAUGGAUACAUUGAAAUUGAUUUAAAAUGAAUUGAAAACUUCUAAAAUAUGGAAUACUUAAAAAAAAUUAAUUAUAAAUCAGGAUGAAAGGAAUGCCACUAGAUUAGGAGAAGAUAUUGGCACUCCUAAAAAAGAAGAGUAGAUAACAAAAUUGCUAAUUGAAUAACAAUUACUUUAGGAAGAAGAACAAGUGUCAAGAGGUAACUCUGCUCUAGAUAUAAGAAGUAAAUAAAGCCAUCAUACAAAUCCAAAUUAUUUAUUUGAGAAUAUUUAAUUAAAUGUUUUUGAUAACAUAACUAUAAGUAAGAACAUUGGCGAAUUUGAUUGUCAUUCCUAAAGUGAAGAUAACGAUAAGAACAGCAGCCAGAUUCCUGAAGAUCCUUCAGAUAAACAAGACAAUUAAUUUGAAUAAAGAUUGAGCAUUCAAUCCAAUAAAAAUUUAUUCUUAAGAUCAAAUAAUAAGUUUAUUGGAAUGUCAUCUUCUUUGUAAUAUGAAGAAAGAAAAGAUAAGAUUUUGAGUGGCUCUUUGUAAAAUGUCUUUUCAUCAUUGACUUACAAAAGAGUAAGCUCACUUAAAUUCUCUUAAGAAUUUAGAAAAGAGAAGGUUGAGGAGUUUAAAAUAGAAAUUUUGAAAAAUAAAAAAGUAUUAAAAUAACAUGAUAACAGUAUUUUAAAAGUAGAUGAAAUUGAUUAAGAAAUGAAUUUUAUUCCAGAAUUGCAAGAGCAGGAUAAAUCAGAUUUAUAAUUACAAAAAUAGUAAAAUUCUUUAACUUAAUUGAAUAAUCAAAAUAAGUUCACAUGA